GGAAGAACUCGACGUAUUUUGUCAAAAAACGAAUAUAUUUUGUAUUAAUUUAAUUUAACUAAUUGUAAUUUAGAAAUACGACAGAUUGUUCCUUCCCUUAAUUAAGUACGUUUAAUAACCAGUGUGAAGCAGCCACAAGUUUUUUGGAAGAAAAAUGGAGCAAAGCGAUCGGGAUAAGAUUCAGAUGAACUUGGUGACUCUGUCGAAACUAGUAAAUGUGCCGCAAAUCGCGAAUCUACUUAUCAACAAAGGCGUAAUCGAUCGAGAAUUUGUUGAACGGACUGAAAAGUUUCCCACGACUUCGCAAAAGAAUCAGGAAUUUUUCCUAAUGUACACGAAACGUGGACCUACCGCAUUUCGUCAUUUAGUCGACACUUUGAGAGAAACUGGUCACAUUAGCGAAGCCCAUUUGUUGGCUGGAACUGGGAGUGAACCUCAAUUAAGUCAGAUGAAUAAUCGUGGCGUUUUACCUGUUCCCCGUCCACAUCAUCCGCAAGUGGGACGUUCGUCAUCCCUCGAGUCGCCAUCCGAAUCGGAAAGUGUCUCCAGCAGUGAGGGGAACAGUGCCGAACGGACUCUUUCAGAAACGCCAGAGUCGUCCACGUCUACACAGUCAAGUCGUGGUUCUGGAGAAGGAGUGAUCAUAGAAGCUGAAAAGAAAUUACCAGCUACGCUCAGCACUGCAAAUGGGCUCCACAACAUUUUGCCGAAUAAUGCCAUUCGAGACUUAAGCCUUACUGGAGGUCCAGUGACCGCUGUUCCAACUCCACCAGCGUCGCCUAUUAAUAGAAAACCAAUUAAACGCGCUACACAGUAUAAUCAGGGAAAAACAUCGGAUGAAGAGGCUUAUCCAAUGAUGUCGAAACCCAGAGGUUUCGCUCUCAUCAUGAAUAACAUUGACUUCCCUAAUGACCCCAAUGCUAAACGGACUGGGGCUGAGCACGACUCUGAAAAUUUACGCCUUCUAUGCCAGGACCUUGGAUUUCACACCACUGUUCGACACAAUGUUACACGAAACGAUUUAAAACAUCCAACCGAAGGAAUUUUACGUAAAUUCCGCGAUCAAUUCCUUCCGGGACAUGAGGACGUGGACGCUUGCCUCGUCGCAAUUAUGAGUCACGGAACUGGAAAUCUGAUCAGAACGAGUGAUCCUGGCGAUACGUAUAUCGACUUGAAGGAAGAAAUCAUUAAGCCUUUCAACAAUUCCUUUUGUCGUCAGCUAAUCAACAAGCCGAAAAUCUUCAUAGUCCAAGCUUGUCGAGGUGAUAGUCGAGAUAGGGGAGCGAUUCGAACGGAACAGGAUGGAAAAAUUAUGGCCGACAUUCGACCCCAGUCACCACCAGGAAAUUUUUGUCCGGCACCAACAAACGGAAGUGGAGAGUUGCUGCCAAGUAAUGAAGAUAUUUUGGUGUGCUAUUCAACCGUUCCAGGCUACGUGGCCAACCGAGACACUGAAAGAGGGACCUGGUAUAUAAAUUGUCUUGUGGAAGCGUUUCGUGAACAUGCUCACGAACUUGAGAUUCACGGACUCCUACGAAAGGUUGGGUUGAAAAUGAGAUCUGUGAACAAUGAAUAUGGCGACGAGAAGCAAAUGUCGGCCUACGAAGGUUAUGGAUUUCAUCGGGAACUAUACUUCAAUCCUGGGCUGUACGGCAACAGUAAUGAUGAACAAUCUCAACCUAGUUCUAGUCAGUAAUUUUAGAACAAAAUACGAUACUGACGGAAAUCUACUCAUGUUUGUCUGUUCCAUAAAUAAUUCAUUUUGUUAUUUCAAUUGCAAUUUAAGGUCUGACUUAUAGAACACAAGUGUUGUGUUGCUCAUGUUCUAAGACUUUGUUAACGUACUAGUAGGUAUAUGAGUGUAAUAAUUUAUAUUUGAGUUUUGCAUGUCAUUUGCAGUACUUUGAUUUCAUAUUAUUUUGGAUGCAGUGAAAGUUCAGACUUUCAGACAGAAUGAUUGACAUGCAUGCUUAAAUGCAUUCCAUUUUGUAUAAUGUUUUUUUACAGAUUUUGAUCUCACUGCUCAUUUUGAUUUUGUGUGAAAAUAAAUCAGCACUAUAAGGAGGUAAA